AGUGUAUACGAGAGGAGACGAAAGGGUUGUCUUUGCCAUACGGAGCUUGGUUGAUUCAAGGAGUUGGGUUGUUCAGAGAUGCAAUCUCCAAAGGAAGACAUGGUGGCUUGUGUGAAGGCACUAGAGGAUGCUUUGCUUCCAUGCUUGCCUGCCAGAGAGCUUCAAGCAAUUGACCGCUCUCCCCAUCCUUCUCAUCACAUUGAUGUGGAGAGACAUGCCAGAGAUUUUAUGGACGCUGCCAAAAAGCUUCAGCUGUAUUUUCUUGGUCUGCAACGUGAGGAUCAGCCAACAAGUGCUGAACAAAUUAAACAGGAGAUCGGUGUGAUGGAAGAGGAGUUGAACAUAAAGACUGAGAUUAUCAAGAAGCAUGAAAGGCUAAUCCAGGGGUGGAAAAAGGAGUUAAAAGACCAAUUGAACAAGCACAAUACGGAGCUUCAGAAAGUGUAGUUACUUGAGCAAGAGUCAAGAGAUGUGUAGUUUCUAAGUUGCAUCCCAUCAGGACUGUGGAAAACACUGACAAUAGUGGUAGUUCUUUCUGCUAAAUGUAAAUUGAAGGAGAGGGUGAGCUACGAAGAAGCUGAAUCUGAAGUGGUUCUUGAUUUUCCUGCUGUUGGUUGUCACUUUACUAGGGUUUUUUUUGCUUCUUCUCUUUUCCGUCUUAGCUUGUUGAUAAUUGAUGUGUGAAGUACAGAAUUGGUAGCGUAUGCUCUUCUUUUGAUUCUGAAAGAACUUAAGAACUCGACCAGUUUUUAUAUUAAUUCCUCUUAUCAUUCAU